AUGGCAGGAAGCGCUUGUUGCCAGGAGCACAUCUCCAAAGCCGCGACGGCAAAGGCAGGAUCGGGCACGGCCCGCCCGGAGGAUCAUCGUCUUCGUCCGGCUAUUACCUUCUUGGUCCCGGUGCCUCCGGCCCCCACGCCAGUCCUCACAUCCUUGCCUUCCCUCACAACAUCGCCCGCCGUGCGGGGUCUUGCAUGUCUCGCUGGACCGCGGCCGGUGCCGCCGGUUCUUUGGGUUGCGGCUGAAGGCUCGGGACGGCCACCCGUCGCCUGGUUGUCGGCCACAUCACCCCGACUCGGUCUCGCAAAAGCCUUCCUUGCUGACCACCACGUCCUUCUGAGGCCUUCAACACGACCAGGGCUCUGGCUGGAUCAGGGCCGGACAAUUCAGAUUCCAGACUGGUGUGCAUCGCGCCGCCCACGUCCCCGCUCUGCCAUCACAACCACACCGCGCCCAUCUCAGCGGACAGCCUCUCCUCUGGCCUGUGCCACACUGCCCCGGAUGGGCUGCGCAGAAUGGACAGCUUGCUCUCGCUGCGGCCGGUCGAGGCAUCACACGACGGCGGAACCCUGCUGCCGGCGAUGCUACCUUGCACGUUGCAGCAAGCGUAACCACAGGGAAACAGUGUGUACUGCCUUCAACGCCCGAAGCAGGAAUUUGCCCUUGCACGACAGGCAACCACACAUGAAAUUUUUAGACCUUUUGUCGAGGCCCUCUCCCCCGUGGCUGACGCCGUGCGGUUGGCUGGAACGCCGAUUGUGUUCUGCGUUGUCCCAACCAUGUUCUGACCCGCAUGCUCCGUCCUGCCCGUGCAUGUCGCCCAGUCCGUGUGCUUCUCUUUUCGUCCCCGUGAGUUGCGCCCCCCUCGUGGGUACCCCGUGUUUGAGCCGCCAUGUUCGAUACUUGUUGAGGCUUUCAAGCCGCAAGCGCAGCCCUCGGUGCCUCCGUCCUGUGGCUUCCACCUGGCUUCGGGUCGUUAUCGCGUUUGUGCCUGCAACGGCUUGA